AUGCAAAAAUCGCAUACAUUCCUGGCGCAUAAAACCCAACAUGUGAGCGCACUAUUUGCGCUGCACGUGACAGUAUACGAGGGCAUUUACGUGCGCGAAGAAGGCGUGGAUUUCGUAACGGCGACCAGACCUGGCUUUGAAUUUAUUUGCAAGGCGGAAGAAUGGUUUAAACUGCCUUUGAUGAGUGAUCACCUCGGUGCACCUGAGCCGUAA